CGCGCGAACGCGCACAGGUCGAUUGCUUCGUCGCGGUGCCACGCGUGCCUGCCGCGCGCGCGAGUAGUUUCUCGCUAGCCCCUUCCUCCAGCUCCGCGGCGCAGGGAUACGCGCGGUGCUUCGGCUGAGCUGAAUGAGAUUGAAGAAGAGUUCUUCUUGUUUUGUAGCUUCAGUUUCUCUGUUUUUACACUAAUUUUUAACCAAAACUAAAUAUAAAAUACGGCAACAACAUAAAGCAGCGCGGGAAAGUGUUGAGCCGGACUCCUCCUCCAUGCUGUUGUUCCAUCGUGGAUCGGCUCCUUACACAUUUAUAUAUAUAUUUAAUUAAUCUAGAGGAGGACUGCUGCUGAGCGUCUUGUGUGAAGAGAGUUUAGUGGUAGAGGUCACAACCUCUUGCACCGGCUCAUUCCGUACUCUGGUGUCAUUCUAAGGGCAGCACGGGUGGGUGGAGUCCAGUCCCACAGCCAGGCGCGGCACUUUAAUGCUUCAGGUGGAUGCGUUUCCUCCUGGAGACGGUGUUAAGCAGGCUGAUCGAUCGGCUGGCAGACUGACUGGAUCCAUGAUGGAGCUCCAGAUGUUACAGGAGGCCCUGAAGGUGGAGAUCCAGAUCCACCAGAAACUGGUUGCCCAGAUGAAGCAGGACCCUCAGAACGCAGAUCUGAAGAAGCAGCUCCACGAGCUUCAAGCCAAGAUCACGGCCCUCAGUGAGAAGCAGAAGAAGGUGGUGGAGCAGCUGAGGAAGGAGUUGUUGGUGAAACAGGAGCCAGAUGCGAAGCUGCAGCUGCACGUCCAAACUCCUCCAGCAGGGGGUGACAUGAAGCCGGGCAACCUGCUGCAGAGCCAGCAGAUACCUGGAGGACUGCAGCAGACCCUGGCGGUCACGCCGGUCCUUACCGCAAAGACUAUACCUCUGGUGCUGAAAGCUGCUGCCGCCCCGCCCGGCUCCGUCCUGCCUCAUCGCCCGCCCGCUGUCGCCAUGGUAACCACGGCUAUUCCCAAACCUGACCUGCAGAACGCUCCUAUCAACCUACAGGUGGUCAGCAAGCUGACCAAUCAGAGCUCAGAGCCGGUGCGACUGGUGUCAAAGAACGCAAUGGUGGUGCAGGCCACCACCAUCACCUCCACCACCAACACCACCACCCAGCCAAUCAAAGUUCCUCAGUUUGUCCCUCCUCCUAGACUGAUGCCUCGACCCACCUUUCAGCCACAGGUCAGGCCGAAGCCAGCCACACCCACGAAUGUGCACAUCGCCCCGGCCCCUCCGCCCCCCAUGAUGGCAGCCCCCCAACUGCUCCAGAGGCCCGUCAUGUUGGCCACCAAGCUGUCGUCCUCGCUGCCCUCGGCGCCCCCCAUCCACCAGGUCCGCAUCGUCAACGGGCAGCCAUGCGGCAAGGCCGGCGCCGCCCCGCUGACGGGCAUCGUCAUCACAACGCCGGUGACUGCUAGCCCCGCCCGCCUCGCCAGCCCCGCCCAGGUGCUGGGCCUCACGCCCAUCCUCACCCCGACCCCCGCCAAGCCCAUUCAGAUAAGCAGUCUGAUCGCCGAGCCCAAGACUGUUAAAGCAGCAGGAGGAGCAGAGCAGAAGGUCGUCGUCAGCAUCUCCUCCUCCUCCUCUUCCUCUCCCCCGCUGUCUCUGCCUCCUCCCAGAACCAAGAAGGAGGAGAACCCAGAGAAACUGGCCUUCAUGGUGUCUCUGGGCCUUGUGACACACGACCACUUGGAAGAGAUUCAAAGCAAAAGACAGGAGCGCAAGAGGAGAACGACGGCCAACCCGGUGUACAGCGGCGCAGUGUUCGAGCCCGAGAGGAAGAAGAGUGCAGUGAGCUACCUGAACAGCCCUCUGCACCAGGGGACAAGGAAGAGAGGUCGCCCACCCAAAUACAGCAGCGUCCCGGAGCUGGGCUGCCUCACCCCGACCUCCCCCUCCAGCCCCGUCCGUCCCCUCCCCCUGCCCAGCCCCAGCUCUGGGGAUGGAGACAUCCAUGAGGAUUUCUGCACUGUGUGCAGACGCAGUGGCCAGUUGCUCAUGUGCGACACGUGUUCUCGUGUUUAUCACCUGGACUGCCUGGAUCCGCCCCUGAAAACCAUUCCUAAAGGCAUGUGGAUCUGUCCAAAAUGUCAAGAUCAGAUCCUGAAGAAAGAAGAAGCCAUUCCGUGGCCCGGCACUCUGGCUAUUGUUCAUUCCUACAUCGCCUACAAAGAAGCUAAAGAGGAGGAGAAACAGAAGCUGAUGAAAUGGAGCGCUGAACUGAAGCUAGAGCGAGAGCAGCUGGAACAGAGAGUCAAACAGCUCAGCAACUCUAUAACGAAAUGCAUGGAGACCAAAAACAGCAUCCUGGCUCGUCAGAAGGACAUGCAUCUCUCCCUGGAGAAGGUCAAGCACCUGAUCCGCCUCAUCCAAACCUUCAAAUUCAACCGAGCUUUGUCAGAGACGGUCAAGGAGGUCGACGCCAGAGGCCGGGACGCUUCUGAGGGUCCGGCUUUCGGCUGUGAAGCCGCGCUGGGGGCUGACUGCGCAGAGAAGGCAAAGGCUGGUAGUCCACCGACUGGCGGGGACGCUGACGGGGUCAACGCACCGGAGGACAAGGACCCCAGAAUGGCCGCAGACGCACGGGACACCGACAGCCAGGCGGUCCAGAAAGACGGCGUAGCCCCACCGGUAGAUAAGAGCCUCGACAAAGGGGCGGAGGCAAAGGCAAAACCCGGUAACGGGGCUGCAGAAACUACCGUCCAGGUGGAGGUUGCGGCUGGAGCGGAGGUCAAGGCGGCGCCAGUGGUUGACAUUCUCGUUCCCUCAGAGGUUGCUACCCCGGCCACCACCAACGGGACUGUUGUGCCGGCCCGCCCCAACGUCAGCCCUGCCGCCGCCUGCCCAGCCGCCGCUCCCCAUGCCAACGCCACCAACUCUGAGAACAAGAUGGCUGCCGCCAACCCUCUGGAGACGGCGGUGGAGAAGAAGCAGGAGGAGGUCACCGACGCUGACGGCAGCAACAACAACAGCAAAACCUCAGAACCCUCCCAGAAUUCUUUGCCAGCUCUUGUCAGCAAUUUGGACGACAAAAAGUGAUCUUGUCCCACCGCUGCGGGAUUCAGACACACAUCUAAAAAAGACACCCUACGGUGUCCUAAAGUUGCCAAUCUUAUAAAUGUUGUUUGUUUGCAUUGUAUUGUCAGACUGUGUCAAUGGUAGAUAUACAGCCCAGGUCACGGGGACGUAGGAUGCCCCCCCCCCCACCCCUCAACCCGCCACACAGAGCUGGGGUACAGGAAGGCUUUCGCACCAGGGCCAUCAUGCCAAUUAGUGAUAGACGUCUGUGGCGGGAAUGCUCAAAGGGAGAUCAUCACACCAGUGUGUGCCUGUUACAGUGGGCCCUGUGUUCUCUUGUGGGGGGGGCACAUGGGAUCGGAGAACAUUGAACCAAACAUCUGUCAGGGGUUGCUGGUCUAAUAAGCAGUGUUGUGAUAGUGUGAGUGCUGAAAAGAGAGCCUGUCUGUCCCCUUGCUCCGAUGAACCCCCCCAACUCCCUCGCCCCAAACCAAGAAGUCUGAUGUAUAACACUUUUCAAACUUUCCCAUUAACCAACACCUUCAACCUUGUUCAGUGUCCACAAAGACCUGAAACCUUCAUCAACAGAGACCCACCUCCUUCACCCCGAACAGGUUCAGUACACUUCAAACAAAUAUUUUUAUUAACGGAGGGGGAUACAGUUAAUUAAAUUAAAAUGAGAAUUAAGCACUUUGGUGGUGUUGCUCUUGUCAGCGCACACCAAACAAAAAGAGCUGUGGGGGGGGGCUGUUAUAUGUUCGUCACAAAGCAUAUCGCCGAUAGCAGCCUCUAAUCGGUAAGAUUCGGAGAUUCGGAUCCAACCCAAUGGGCCGAUGAGCGUAGAACUUCCCUAUUAACCAACAAUCUGACCUUGCCCCCCCACUCCACCCUCCUUUGCAUCCGAAGGGCUGUUUAACUAUGUCUAUAGUUUAAGUCUUGUUUGUUUGAGGUUAAAAAGAUUGGAUACGAGUUUGGUGUACUCAACAAAGAAAACAAAAGUGAUGAAUGAGAGCGGGGGGCGGUGAGCUGGUCAAAACGACAUCCUGUCCACCAAAUCCAAACCGAUAUUCUCCCGUCUGCUGAGGAUUUAAAGCGGGUCAAUGACCUCAAGCAAACACACAACUCAAGCUGUUGAGUUUGGUUUGAAGUCUUUUUAUUGAAACAACGUUCCUAACUUUCAAAUAAAUCUACGAGUACAGAAGAAACUUCAUUCGACCUUGAGGUUAAAACCCAAACGUACAAUCCCCAGUACGCCAAGAACCAAUUAAGUGUAGUGAUUGAGGGUUUUUUCAUUUGUGUGUCGAUUGUGAGCACUAAAUGUGAAAGAUUUGCAAUAUUGCAAUGUCAACAAAACACACACACCAUAACUGGUCUGUGUUUCUUCAUUCAUAGGAAAAGAUAUUCAGGUCUUCCUAGUCUUCAGAAUAAGUGCUUUCUGUUCCUGAACCUGCUGACUGGCAUUAUUAAAAACACACAAAGGAAUUCCUUUUUUUUAACUGGUGGGCUUUUGCAUCAUGAACAUUUUUAAUGUUGAAUCCCAAACUGCCAAAAAAACUCCAAAUAUAUCCGCAUCUGUUUUUCUGUUUCACACCAUUGAAGGAGAUCUGAUCAUCUGGCGUUACAUAUAUAUCUAUAUAUCUAUAUAUUUAUCACAAACGCCAGAUGAUCCGUUGACCCUCCUGGAGUUUUACUUCUGUUGUUCAUAUAUAUAAACUCGAGGGGAGCUCUUCCUCUUCUGUCUUCACCACAAACAUCCCGACAUGAAAGCACAAGAUCACCGCCGCCGAGCUUCUUUUGUACGUUGAUAUGGAAUCAAAAAGAGUAUGCAUCUUCUGUGUUGUGAUGUGACUUAUCACCACAUCGCCAAUAUUUUUGUAGGAGGAUACCCGGACCUGGGGGCUGUUGUUGCCGUCUUUGUUCUGGUGGGCUGAUCGAGACCUCUGGUCUUUAAAAUCUUGUUGUUCUGUAUUUCCUUUAUGUUGAAGUCGCCAUACAGUACCCCCCCGAGCCUUGCUAUGCAGCUGAAAUAUCUCAAACAACAAUCAGAUAGAUUAUAGUGUAACUUACUAAAGAUAUCAUUACAGGUCAUUUAGCUGAUUUUUAUCCAAAGCGACCUACAUUACAUUUUUAACUCAUGGCUUUUUACAUUUUUGCCCAGAGAGCAAUUAGGAGUUGUCUUGCUCAGGGACACUUCAAUUUGAGACAUGGGGCAGCAGGACUCGAACCACCAACCUUGAGUAUCCGAGCGCACCCGCUCUACCCUUGCGCCACGACGACCCUUAUCAAAUUCUUCUUGGCAUUUCAUAGGCGCGUGGGUUAGCAUUCUGCUGUUAGCAUGCAGCUAAGCUGUUAGCAUGGCUGUAGACUCAUGGACCAUCAGUGAGGGGGGGCGACUGCGUGGUCGGUGACCUUGAAUUCAUCUCCGUCUCUUUUCUUCGUAUCGUCAUGGACUCUUCAUAUCUGAGAUCAGCUGUACAAACUGCCUUCAUUCAGCAGGACGUCGCCACACGUUUGUUUAUCCAAUAGAUGUUCUGGACCCGACAGUCCAGAACCAGAACACGCCCCCCCCCCUCCCCCCUACUUCUCUGUACAGUAGGUACCUUGAGUGCCUUUCUUCAAACAGCAGAUAAUAUUUUGUCUCUUGACUUGCACUGUGACUUGGAGAAACCUUACUAACCCUCCAGAAUACCCACCCCGGCUCUGGUCUGUCCCACUCACAAAGACCCCUGACACAGCGCCCCCUCACCUCAGGCUGCCCACAGUCCGUGCAAGUAGAAACUACAUUUCGUCUUGCACCAUCUCAGAACAACCACAUCGCGUUUGUCAGCAUCAAUUUUAGGAGUUUGAGCCUUAAAUGUUUUUAUUUCUUUUUUUUAUUCUUGAUUUUACUUUUGAUGUUUUGAAAAGAUAAAAAAAGAAUCCCUGCAGAGGUCAAAGGCUGUGGUAGUCCAUGAGAUGGUCCGGGGAGGAGGAGGAGAUCUCUGCUCGGUGACAGAUGUUUGGUGAUGCACUUUUGGUUUGACCAGUAUUAUUGUUAUGAUUAUUAUUAAUAUCAGAGUGUUGGUCCGGAAUCGUUGACUCCCUCUGUGCCGUGCUUCUUCUUCAUCUUCUAAACUUGGUAAACCCGCUCGCGUGGACAACCAGACCGACUUGGACCCUUGAGCAGUACGCUGGAUGGCAUGCCUUCUUAUGCAAAACUUUUAUAAUACACUUUACUUUUUACAUAUACUUUUAAUUUUGUUCUUUAGACUUAAGUCACCUUUUUUUUUACUUUCUUAGAACAUCUUGACGGUUUGAAAACUUUUUUUUUUCCUGACAUUUGUAAGGUUUUAAAUCUGAACCAACGCUCCAAACCAGAUGUUAUGGGGCAGAAAAGUCUAAAAUCGAAGUGCAAAGUGAUCCGAAGAACACCGAGUUCUGGGGAGGCCUUUGUGUGAGGUUAGCAGGUGGAGUUCCACGUCUGGGACGGUUGAUAUGUCUGGGAGGGUUGGUGUGUCUGGGGGGGGGGGGUCUCGUGCACGUGAAGAUGAAAUAGACGGUCGUGUUUGUGAUUGUGGCCUUUUAGUGUUCUGUCGAGACAUGACGUCAUCCAUCCUCUCUGCAUCCAGAUUUUCACCCGAAGCUUCUUUACCUCAUCCACGGCUCAUUCUAUUUGGGGGGGGGGGGGGGCAGAAAAAAAACAUGAAAUAAGAAUUAUUAAAAAAAUACAAGAAGUGGUUUUUUAAUUUCAUUCGGUAAGAUGCAUUGUAGCGAUAUGAAUAAAGAAAAAGUUCACCUGGUGUGCUGAAAAAUGUGUAAGUUGGUAAUUACACAAUCUAAAUAUUUGUAUAAUUGUUUGUAUUUUUCAUAAUGAUUUUGGAAAGGAAUGUGUUUAUUUUUUUGACUUGUGUUCCGGAUGUGUCUUCUGUUUGGCCUGACAUUGUGACUGGUCUGGUGGGAUUCUUACCUCUGUAUUGAGCCUCUUCUGUGAUGAAUUAUUUGUAUGCAGUGUUUAGGAAAUACUGUAGGGAACAUGGGGGAGGAGUUGAUAUUAGGAGCAUUUGAUCAAUUUGUAUUUAUUUAUUUUAUCAUUUUGUUAAUAAAUUGUGAAAAGCA